AUGUUGGGCAAAGUUUGGAAUGUCUCCUUGUCUUCAUUGCUCAAAACUGCUUUUGUCCUUUUGGGCAUUUGGCUAUCCGUGCGGUUGUUGGGUAGAAUCAGACGUACUUUCCAGGUUCGCCGCCUUGCCGCCGCUCAAGGCUGUGGUCCAGCUGUACGAUGGAAGUCCUAUGAUCCUUUAUUCGGCUUGGAUCUUCUCUGGACAAUCUAUACAGACUACACUGCCCACAAAUUCCUGGAUGCGACUGUGAAUCGCUUUAUAAAGUUGCAAACAAAUACCAUCGAAUACUCGACCUUAUGGGGUUCGCCGACCAUUUCCACAAUAGAACCGGAAAAUCUCAAAUGCAUCUUGGCUACAAAAUUCAAAGAUUUCAACAUCGAUCACUACCGGAAGGAGGCUUUGAAGACAAUCAUCGGGGAAGGCAUCUUUGCCUCUGAUGGCCAGUUCUGGCAACAUUCGCGCGAGUUGCUCAAGCCGAUCUUUGCCCGAGCGAAAAUCGACGACCCAACCUUCCUGGAGACGCAUGCUGACGACUUGGUGAAGGCAAUCUAUGCCGAGGGUGAUAAUAUAAUGGACCUACAGCAGCUGUUCUCCUCCGCGAGUCUGGACAUUAUAACAGAGUUUCUGUUUGGAGAGAGCGCUCGCUCUCUUGAUCCCGACAAGCGCAAAAGCAGCGACGGCGACAAGACUGAGGCAGAGAAGUUUUACGACGCCUUCAGCUGCAUAGUGCGAUCUAUCAAUGGACAGGACUCUAAGUUUGGCGUCUUGUCCUUCUUCCUGCCAGACUUCAGCUUCAAAAAAAACAAGAAAAUCAUGGACGCCUAUGUAGAGCGUGUGAUCGAGAACGCCAUUGCAGACGAGGAAUCAUCUCACAACCCCUCCUCCGACACCAAAAAUGAAGGCCCCCAACGCGACACCUUUCUGUCCGAAAUUGUUAAAGCCACCCAAGACCGGCCCAGACUAUGCGCUGAAUUCCUCAACAUCCUGCUCGCCGGACGAGACACCACCGAAUCCUUCCUCUCCAGUAUCUUCUUCACCCUCUCUCAACGUCCCGAUAUCUUCAGCAAACUCCAACAUGAAAUUGAUAGCUCUGGCAUUCCCAUGGCCCCUAGCUUCUCUCAACUCAAAUCCCUCCCCUACCUGCGCGCUAUCCUCAAUGAAGCCCAGCGCCUCUAUCCUUCCGCCCCUGAAAAUGAUCGCCAGGCGAUAACGGAUACAGUGCUCCCUCUUGGCGGGGGUCCCAACCAAAAACUACCUGUGUUCGUGAAAAAGGGUACGACCAUGCACUGGAGCACCUUCGCAUUGCACCGCCGCAAGGACCUCUACGGAGACGACGCGGCAGAGUUUCGGCCUGAACGGUGGCUGGAUGGACCAGACGGGGAAAAAGGGUUAAGGGUUAGUUGGGAGUAUAUACCCUUCAAUGGGGGCCCCAGGGUGUGCAUUGGGCAGCAGUUUGCGCUGAUGGAGGUGAGCUAUUUGACGGUACGAUUAGUGCGGGAGUUUGGAACGAUCGCGGCAGUGGAGAAGAAACCUUGGGUAGAGAAGGCGACUAUAGUCGCUACCGUCAACGGAGGUGUGAAGGUGAAGGUGACGCCGAGGAAGUGA